CUUCGGGGGGGUUUAAUACUAUAGAGCAAGCCGACUCCACAGUCCAGCCCCCCCCUCCAGUGACAGUGGGGUCUGCUUUCCUCUAUAGUUACCACUGGUCAGUCCCAAUGUUUAUAUCAAUAUACAGUAUAUAUAUAAUCUACAGUCUGAUCAUUUCCCUAUGAGACCAGACUAUAAAUUAUAUCCUUGAUGUCCUCACUCGUCCCUUCUAUUACAGUCUGACUGACUUAUAUUCCACUCUCCCACCCUCUGCCAUUUCCUCCCUCAGCGUCUCUCUCCCUCUUCUGUUCCCCCUCCAACCACUCCCUGUGCCCCUCCCACACCCUGUCACUCUUCAGUCCAUCGUUACUUCUGCCUGUACCACCCUCCAGCUAACAAACUUCAUCAGGCCCGGACUGGCAAUCUGUGGGUUCUGGCAAAUGCCAGAGGGGCUGCUAUAAGUCACUAUAGAUUGGGCUGGUGGGAGGCUGUUUGGGGCUCUGUGUGCCUGAAACACCAGGGCCUAUUUAAUCUCAGUCCAGGCCUGAACUUCAGACUUGCUCAUCUACAUCUGUCUCCCUCUUGUGCUCCCCGGGCCCCUCCUUCUGCCUCUCUCACACCUCACACUGUUACUUCUGCCACUCCCACCCCCUCCCACUAUCAAACUCCCCCUCCUUCUCUUGCCUUCAGCCAUCUCUGAUGCAGUGGAAGACGUCACACAGAGCGGGCGACUUUAAAAGAACGUGAGGAAAACAAGAGUAAAUACAGGUUUUUUGUGCCUUAAGAAUGUAAAUGAUUAGAUUACUAUUUGCAAUGGCUUGGACAUUGCUAACUUUCUGCAAGCUCUUCAUUUUGGGAACGCUACAAUACAUUAGAGCAAGCUCUGCAGAAGAAAACUCCCCCUUGCAGGUGGAAAUUAAAAAUGUGACCGUAAAAGCAUCUUCUCUCAGCAUUGCCUGGAACUGCAAUAUUACAGAGGAGAUGAAGAAGAAGAAUUAUUAUGCUCAGUUAAAAAAUAAAGAAAGUCGAAGUUUCCCGAUGUCCUUGAACAUACAAAAUUGCUCCACAGAAUUCUUCAUUCACGAUCUUAAAGGUCUGACGUUACACGAAGGAGUAUAUGUAAAAAUCACAGCAAACAAUAAAGAAGCCGAAAAUACUACAUGGACAGCAUUCUAUCCUGAGGGAGAAAACCAAACGUCUGCCGAAAACGUUAGCUGCAUCUUGUAUGUUAGUCUUGUGAAUUGCUCAUGGGAUUUUGGCAAAAAAGCUCCCAACGACACUGUUUAUUCAUUGUGGCUCUAUCAGGAUAAGCAAACAGGGGUGGAAUGUCAAGACUAUAAGACUAAUUUAAGCACAAGACAAAUGCAGUGCUCCUUUAAGGCUCCAGAUAUUGAAUCUAAAUCGCGCUCAUAUCUACUUGUGGAAGGAUCAAGCAACACAACAUCAAUUCUGUUUUAUGGUCAAUGGAUUUUUCUAGCUAUUAAAGAAAUCUUGAAUCCUCCAAGAAACAUCCAAGUGAAUGUGAGUACUCAUGGGGUUCAAAUGAAGUGGCAAAACCCAGAAACACUUGAAAAUGAUCCAGCAGAAUGUUUUUCAUAUCAAAUCUCCUUAAAGGAAGACAAAAUGCAGGGUAAAAACUACUCUGUACAUCAGGAUUUACACUAUACUUCCAAUGAAUUCUCAUCAAGCCAGCAUUUUGAACUGAAAAUGAGAGCAAUCAGGGAUAAAAUAUGUUGUCUUACUGAAUGGAGUACAUGGAGCGAACCCUUUAAAUUUGAUCCUCCUGUCUCUGGGAGCCUCACUCACGUUCACCUGUUUAUUCUUCUAGCAAUAAGUACAGUCAUCGCUGUAACAGGCCUAAUAUACGUUUGUCACAGAUUCCAGGUAUUGACAAAAGUGUUCCCACCAGUUCCGACACCUGUCAUUAAAUUGCAAAGUUUGGAGCAAGACGAGCUAAAAGAGUUACAGGAGAAGUUACAUUCUGGAUCUGAAAAACAACCAGAUAAUGAAGAAAACAUAAAAAUCUGUGAAAUCGAUAAUUCUUGAAGAAGUUUGUACAGAAGAUAUUUAUUUGAAAAAAUAUUUUCAUAACUGUUUCUGUUGUUCAAUUUCUUGCAAUGCAACUUAAAGGAACAGUAACACUAACAUUUUUUAUGUGCCAAAUCUAAACUGCUUCAAUAACAGCUCUAUUGUGCAUAAAGUUUAUUAUAUUCAAUGCUUUGUCCAAAAAACAUAUUAAAUCUCUGCUUCCGGAUGUACACUGUAGAAUGGCCAAAGGGCGAUUCUGCAAAAUCCGAGGUGCGGCGCUCCACAUCUCUGCCUAGACUGCUGAUCCAGAAGAUACUUCUUGCUGCUGUUAUGAGGAUUGUACUGACUUACUUCUGGACUUACUUCUGUGCCACAAGCAGGGAAGGAAUAGUAAUUUACUUCUGUGAGUGCUGCGAGUGGAGAAGGAAUGUCCACAUCGGUUAUUCCUAAGCUUGCUUUAGCUCCUUCAUUGCUGCGAGUGGUAAAGGUAACACGCAGUGAUAAAUCUAUGGGACAUUUGUUCAUCCUCCAUUGUAGGAUGCUGCCGAAUCUGAUAACUACACAUCACAGAUGCAACACGGAAGAUUUUUCAUUUACCCAAAGAGAGGCCAAGUGUAAGGAGCUCAGUGUGGAAAAUCACCCCAUCAGCAUAGUUUCCACUGAGCCAUUUGAUAUCACCAUGGGUCACACAUACUCCCCAAAAUAUGUGCCUGUUUGCAUUUUGAGGAGAUAUUCAAGAGGUAGGGGUAGCAAUGCUAUCUAAGUGAUCUAAGUGAUCAAUUCUCAGUGAAAAAGAUUCAUUAAAAAAUAUCACGCCGCUAA